ACAUCAAUUUCUUUACAACUCUCCCGCCAGGAACAUUUGGAAAUAUCACUCAACUUCAACGUCUAUGGUUGAAUGUUAACAAUCUAGAAUCACUACCCAAGGACAUAUUUGCAAAUCUAGUCAAUCUGAUGUCGUUACGGCUGGAUCGCAAUUCUCUAACAUCCUUACCGCAGGGAAUCUUUGCCAAUCUACCCAAGCUUCAAGGACUUUGGCUCUACAAAAAUUCGCUAUCAUCGCUCCUAAGCGGAAUAUUUACAGGCCUAUCCAAUCUUCUGGUUUUGGAUCUCCGUGAUAAUCCGUUCACAUAUUUCGCUAUGGAUGUUUUUGACUUUUCAUCCCUACAACAACUGAGAGUAGAUGUCAGCAACCUUCCGUCACACAGUGAUGCUUGCCCACUGGUAAAACCUGAGCAGAAAGGCAUUAACGUAUCCCACAACAAUAGAGGCCUGCAAUAUGUUCAAACCUUUACUGCGUAUUGCAAGGGUGCUGCUGUGCGUUGCUAUGGCUACAAGGAUACCCGCACCAACUUCAUGUGCACUUGUCCCGAGGGCAAAGCAUUCAAUGGGGCCAACUGCGUUGCCGUGCAAGAGUGCACGACAUGUUUAACCUAUCCAACUUGCUCGGGAUCGAUAACUGAAUUCAAAUGCUGGUGUAAUACGUCGCAGUCAGCAGCUGAUAAUGGCACAGGAUGUUUACAAGCUCGGUUUCCAUGUCGAGAGAAUGACGUGUUCCUCCAUUCUGUGAUGCCCUCAUUGAGCUUGCCUGGAUACGUGCAGAUGUGCCAAGCACAAGGUACGUCAUGUACCUGUUUCGCCCAUUGUAUGUCAAGUAAAUACCUGUAGUAGAACAUGAGAUCUAGUCCAUAAUUGGCAUUGGUUCAGCACAAAC